AGGAAAGUGAAUAAACUUAAUUGAGAAUGUCUGAAAACCUUGACAAGUCCAAUGUACAUGAAACAGGAAAAUCAAAAUCCAAUGAUUCUGAGCAAGGCCUUGAAGAUGCUGUGGAAGGUGCUGAUGAAGCCUUACAGAAAGCAAUAAAGUCGGACUCCACCAGCCCCCAAAGAGUGCAAAGACCUCACUCUAGUCCUCCUCGCUUUGUGACGGUAGAAGAACUUCUAGAGACAGCAAGAGGUGUCACCAACAUGGCUCUAGCCCAUGAAAUUGUAGUAAAUGGAGACUUUCAGAUUAAACCAGUUGAAUUACCAGAAAACAGCUUGAAGAAAAGAGUAAAGGAUAUUGUACAUAAAGCGUUUUGGGAUUGCUUGAGUGCACAGCUAAGUGAAGACCCCCCAGCAUAUGACCAUGCUAUCAAACUUGUAGGAGAAAUCAAAGAGACUCUCUUAUCUUUCUUGCUGCCUGGUCACACUAGACUGAGAAACCAGAUAACAGAAGUCUUGGAUCUGGAUCUGAUAAAGCAGGAAGCAGAGAAUGGGGCCCUAGACAUUUCCAAGCUGGCAGAAUUCAUUAUUGGCAUGAUGGGGACACUGUGUGCACCUGCUCGAGAUGAGGAAGUUAAGAAACUAAAGGACAUUAAGGAAAUAGUGCCCCUUUUCAGAGAAAUUUUUUCUGUGUUGGACCUAAUGAAAGUGGACAUGGCCAACUUUGCUAUCAGUAGCAUCAGGCCUCAUCUCAUGCAGCAGUCAGUUGAAUACGAGAGGAAGAAGUUUCAGGAGAUUUUGGAGAGGCAACCAAAUUCCCUGGAUUUUGUCACCCAGUGGCUGGAAGAAGCCUCAGAGGACCUUAUGACUCAGAGGUAUAAACACGCCCUGCCAGUCGGGGGAGCGGCUGCUGGCUCUGAGGACAUGCCCAGGCUGAGCCCUGUUGCUGUCCAGAAUUAUGCUUACCUGAAGCUUCUGAAGUGGGACCACCUCCAGAGGCCAUUCCCCGAAACAGUUUUGAUGGACCAGUCUCGCUUCCACGAGCUCCAGUUGCAGCUGGAACAACUGACCAUCCUGGGGGCCGUGUUGCUGGUCACCUUCAGCAUGGCAGCCCCAGGAAUAUCUAGCCAGGCUGACUUUGCUGAGAAACUCAAGAUGAUUGUGAAGAUUUUGCUAACAGAUAUGCAUCUGCCAAUCUCGAAUCCUGACCUUCUUAGAAACCUACCUUGCCUCGGGUCAUCAGAAGCCAUUACCCACAGUCCCUGGGGGACUCAGUCCAGUUCAGAGAGAGCUGGAGGAAGUUGCUAUUAAAUUUGCUCGCCUGGUCAACUAUAACAAGAUGGUCUUCUGUCCCUACUAUGAUGCAAUCCUCAGUAAGAUCCUCGUCCGAUCCUAACGUGUAUGCACCUACAGCAGCAGUAUUACUCACUCGCCGCAGAAUACCUGUUCUCAGCUCUAAUGUUGCAUUGGAAAAUGGCUAUAUUGUACAUGUCUAUUUAACAGCACCGAUUCCAAAGGGAAGAAUAUUAUGUAUCACUGUUGGAAAGAUUCGUUGAAAAAUGCACUGAAUUCUAUUUUGAGAGAUUGUAUUUAUGAGUGCAAGUUUACAAAUCAAAGAAGAUUUUUGUUCUCGAGUUUUACAGGUAACGUUCAGCUGUGUCUCCACUCCUUUCCCAUCAUGUCAUUCCAAGGAGGCUGGGACCUCUCUCUUCUGCAAUCUGGGUAGUUCUUCUUUCAGAUACCCCGUGCUGACAGCCAUCCAAGCGUAAAAGAGACCAAGCCGUGACUUCACCUCUUGCCCUCCCUCAAACAGCCUUGCCCCCGACUCCUCCCUCCUGCUAUUUUUUGUUAGAAGGGCUACAUAACAUCUUUGUGCCAUUUUCUCCCCCUGUUUAUUGCAUAGGGCUCCCAAGCCCUUUGUUCUAGAGGAGAAUUAUUUGUCUCCUUUUUUUUUUAACUUUCUUUUUUAUAUUUAAAUUUUUUUUUCUUUUAACCUUCCCCCGAAGACACAGAGUUAUUGGACUUUAAAAAGCUUGUUCUUUUAUACAGAAUUACGCCUGCGUCUGGAUGACAGCAGUUACAACUUAUGACAUCUAUUGAAAGGAAAUUCUUUGAUUUUCAACCCUUGAAAGUCAGAGGAAAUUUUUUGAAAAAUAGUUUACUGUAAUGUGAAGGAAAUGUCUGAAAUUCUUACUUAAAAUUUUACUCUGAGAGAAUACACAGAUGUGUUGAUUAAAUUAAAUUCUGGGAUUAGAUUAAGUGUUUUCAGAUAAAAUAGCUUGAGUUCACGAAUCUCCUAGGUAAGGAAGUCAUAGAGAAUCUCUGGUGUUUGAGUAUUAUUUUUCAAGGAACUUCAGUGACCAGAAUUCCUGACAUGUCCUCUGACUGUGAGUGAUUUGGGUCUCACAGAUGAUCUGUUCUGUUUGUUUGUUUGUUUGUUUGUUUGUUUUAAAGUGUACACGUGCAUGUAUGUAUUUUAGACAGGGACAUUAUAUUAGAAGCAGAGCCAUGAAGUUGGAAUGAUCUCCAACCUCCAGAACAGCAAGGGGUCAGAUUAUAUUACUGUACGAGUAAUGCAGUAAUAGCAGCACGUGAAGCCUUCUGGACGGGAAGCUAAGAGAAACUUAGAAGCUGGCCGGGUGUAGUGACUCAUGCCUGUAAUCCCAGCACUUUGGGAGGCCAAGGUGGGCAGAUUACCUGAGGUCAGGAGUUUGAGACCAGCCAGGCCAACAUGGUGAAACCCUGUCUCUACUAAAAAUACAAAACUUAGCUGGGCGUGGUGGUGCAUGCCUGUAGUCCCAGCUACUUGAGAGGCUGAGACCGGAGAAUCUCUUGAACCCAAGAGGCAGAGGCUGCAGUGAGCUGAGAUCAUGCCACUGCACUCCAGCCUGGGUGACAGAGUGAGACUCUGUCUCAAAAAAAAAAGAAACUUGGAAACCAUUUCAGAAAGACCCCAGGAAGACCAGCAGCCAUCCCUGCACACCCAGGGGUAAGGGCUACGUUUCACUACUAGCAGCUGUUUUCUCUGAUCCCUCUUUGUAAGGAAAUGCAGUGAUUGUAGGUUUUCAAGAAAGACUUGAAGAAGCAGUUGGGUGGGUAUUCCAAUAGGACUGAUGGGGAGAAAAGCAGAUAUUCCAUGAAAAGGAUAUUGGUCCCGGUAGAGUCCGAAUACAUUCCGCUUUCAGGAUUUUCGAGAUUGCUGAUGGUCCCAGGGUUUAUACAAGGACUUGGAUCUGGUGCUAGGAGCUCAGGUAGAAAUUACAUGUAUACAGAUCAGCACUGAUGUUGGUUCUAAUCUAUGAUGAUGUGAUAAAUUAAACAACAACAA